ACGAUUUUUACUGCGUUGGAGGGAGGGGUACACUUGUUGUUGUACCAUUGAAAGUUGGGGGUGAAAGUGGCGCUAUCGGGGUGCAAAGACGUCGGAUCUCCCAUUCAAAAGUUGUAUUCGAAGAAAUCACUGGUAAGUAAACCAAGAAGAAGUGGGUGCUCUAGAAGGGAAGCAACGUCCUCCUCCAGAUACGGUUUGCUGGAAUGGGUAAUCUUCUAAAAGUCCUUACAAGGGAAAUAGAGAACUAUCCACAUUUUUUCCUGGACUUUGAAAAUGCACAGCCCACAGACUGUGAGAGAGAUGUAUGGAACCAGGUGAACGCGGUGCUCCAGGAUUCUGAGAGCAUCCUCUCUGGCCUACAGGCCUACAAGGGAGCCGGACAGGAGAUACGAGAGGCCAUUCAGAACCCCAAUGACAUGAUCCUACAGGAGAGAGCCUGGAACUCAGUCUGUCCCUUAGUCAUACGACUCAAAAAGUUGUACUGCUUCUCGCUGAGACUAGAGAGGGCCCUUCAGAGCCUGCUGGAGUCCCUGACAUGCCCCUCGUACACCCCCACCCAGCACCUAGAGAAGGAGCAGGCUCUGGCCAAACAGUUUGCUGAGAUCCUUCACUUUACCCUGCGCUUCGACGAACUCAAGAUGAGAAUUCCUGCCAUCCAGAAUGACUUCAGUUAUUACAGGAGGACCAUCAGCCGAAACAGGAUAAACAACAUGAAUUUGGAUAUAGAGAGAGAGGUCAACAAUGAGAUGGCCAACAGAAUGUCACUGUUCUACGCAGAGGCGACGCCCAUGCUGAAGACCUUAAGCACAGCUACGACAAACUUCGUAACAGAGAACAAGACAUUACCCCUGGAGAACACCACUGACGUUCUCAGUACAAUGGCCAGUGUCUGCAAAGUCAUGCUGGAGACACCAGACUACACGUGCCGGUUCAACAGUGAGGACACGCUGCUGUUCUGUAUGAGAGUGAUGGUUGGAGUCAUCAUCCUGUACGACCACGUCCAUCCCAACGGAGCCUUCAACAAGUCCUCCAAGAUAGACAUGAAGGGAUGCAUAAAGGUCCUCAAAGAACAGCCAGCAGAUAAUGUUGAAGGUCUCCUGAACGCCCUCAAGUUCACCACCAAACACCUGCACGACGAGUCCACUCCAAAAAACAUCCGCUCCAUGCUUCAGUAACGUUUUUAUAUGAAGAGGAUCAAUGUACUGACCUCAACGAAAGAUGUAUAUGUUUACAUAAUUUAAAAGACUGGAUGUUAAUACUUGUGUAUUUACAUAGUCAUUCCCUGCAACUUACUGAAACUUAUAGAACGUACAUCUUUUACUCUGAAAAAUGAUUUGCCUUUCUCUGUUAUUAUGUUAACAUACCUUUCAGCCUUACAAACUGAGCUUGGCAAGUAGCGUUUGGAGAAACAAGCACUCUGGUUGGUUCCUGUGACCUGAGCCAAGCACUCUGGUUGGUUCCUGUGACCUGAGCCAAGCACUCUGGUUGGUUCCUGUGACCUGAGCCAAGCACUCUGGUUGGUUCCUGUGAGUGAGCGGGCGAAUGAAAGGAGCUUCAUCUGUGGUUUGUGUCAACAAAACAUGAAUUCCAAAUCAACUCCUAUCCUGGGGUGUAUUAAUUAGUCGGAUUCCGUUUACUGCAGCAACUAAACGGAAACAAACAGAGCAGACGGAACCAAACGUGGAGGGACCUACCUGCAUGUGUCCAAUAGAAACUCUUGUUUCUGUUGCAAAACGUUUUCCGAUUGAAAUAAACGUUUUCCGUUGCAAAAAUUUUGCUAAGGAAUCCGACUAAUGAAUACACCCCAUGUUCCAGAUCGGUUUGUCCUGUCUUCCCAACUCUUGUGGAUGGCAAGGUGAAGAUUGUUCAACCACCUCUCCUAUCUACAAGAGUGCCUAGGGAGUAGUGGCUGGUUUGGAAUUUAGCAAGGGAAGCGUUGAGGGGGAAAAGUGAUGGCUUUCACAUAACGUGUUCUCAGUAAGUUGGUGGACUUUGUGCUUUGUUGGCAAGAAAAUGACAAAAGGCAGUACGUGCCAUAAGAAAUAAACAGAUCAACCAAAUGUUUAUUUGGAUUGGGACACAGUGUGAUUUUAGUAAUUUAUUUUUCAUGAGGGGUUUUUCUUGUCUGUAUUUGGGGCUCUGUAUCUAACAGAAAUCUAUUGUUCAAAAAAGCAGCUUUAAAUAAAAACUGUCAGGUUAUAUUUAAGUGA